AUGCAUACGACACAAAAGGACACAACCUAUACCAAGAUCUUCGUUGGAGGUCUCCCUUACCACACUACGGAUUCGAGUCUUAGGAAAUAUUUUGAAGUAUUUGGGGAAAUCGAAGAGGCUGUUGUUAUAACAGACAGGCAAACGGGAAAAUCUAGAGGCUAUGGAUUUGUGACUAUGGCAGAUCGGGCAGCAGCAGAGAGAGCCUGUAAGGACCCUAACCCUAUCAUAGAUGGCAGGAAAGCCAAUGUGAAUCUAGCUUACCUUGGAGCUAAACCGAGGGUGAUGCAGCCUGGGUUUUCAUUUGGAGUUCCUCAGAUUCACCCUGCAUUUAUCCAAAGGCAUUAUGGAGAUAGUGACGAUGAACAUGCCUCCUUACAGUACCCCUCCCCUUUCCGCCAGGUCAUGAGGAUCCCGGCGCAUUACGUGUACCCUCAGGCCUUCGUCCAGCCCAGCGUCGUCAUCCCCCACAUCCAGCCCUCUGCCGCCACCGCGGCUGCCGCCACCUCUCCCUAUCUGGACUACACGGGCACCGCCUACGCCCAGUAUUCGGCCGCGGCCGCCACCGCCGCGGCCGCCGCCGCUUACGAGCAGUACCCCUACGCCGCCUCGCCCGCGGCCGGCGGCUACAUGGCCACCGCCGGGUACGGUUACGCCGUCCAGCAGCCCUUGGCGUCGCCUGCUCCGGGGGCCACCGCCGCCACGGCCGCUGCCUUCAGUCAGUACCAACCUCAGCAGCUCCAAACUGACCGCAUGCAGUAG